AAAACAACUUUUUCAGCAGGGCAGGAUUCCUGCUCCUCCUCCCUUUCCUGUCCCCCUUGCAGCCUGAAUUCUGAUUGGCUAAGAGCAGAGGAGUCUUUCCUACUCCUGCAGUUGGACCAUUGACCUCCCUUUGAGUAUCAGGAUGGAUUUACGGGCUGGUUUGAAUCAGUUUGAAGCAGGAAUGUCUGGGAAAGGCACACACCGCCUCGAUAAGCGUGGCACAACCUACUUUUGCACAAUAAUACGGAAGCUCAUUUAUGUCAAAAUUACUCUUGGUGGGGAUCUAGGGGUGAAGCUGCAAGAAAAACUUUUAUUUAGAGGGUAGGAUUCCUCAUGCAGAUGUGGGUAAUGUGUUCUGGGCCUUUUUUUAUUUUUAUUUUUUUUACAAUUUCUUUACUUUUUUUUACAACAAAAGAAAAAAAAAGACAAUAUCUCUUUCACCUUCAAACUUUUUCAUUUUAUGGCAUGUUUUUCUUGUUUAUUAAUUCCUUUGCUCCUUUACAAAUAACUUAGCUCUCUUGCUUUUUUAGAUAUUAUUAAUUUAGGAUUGUGCUAAUUUACGGUAACUUUCUUUUCUUAAUCUCUUCAAAACUGUUGUUUAAAUUGCACUUUUAGAAAAACAAAAGCUUUACCAGCUUUAGCAUGUUUAGGCAGGUUUUUAGAAAUGUAAUUUCUGAACAUAAUAUUGCACUCUUUAACAAACUUAUGUCCUUUCUACUGUCAAUAGCAAUCUAAUUAAAAAAAGGAAGACGGCUUUUGCUGAAAUGCUUUUGUUUGUUCUUUUUAAAUUCAUCAAUAAUAGACCUUUAUGGAAAAACGCAGCAACUCUGCUUUGAAAUAUUUUUUUACAUUUUUUUUUUCUGCAAGCUAGUGGUGUAGUAUAAAUUAACGUUUUAGAUCAACAUGUUAAAAAUAAAAACACAGGCAAAGCUGAAUCUAUUCAGACCCUAAAUAAAUAUAUUUGUGUUUACAUUAGUUACAUGUGUUUUCUGAUUGUGCAAUGAACCAUAAAAUGGAAUUGAAGUCUGUAACUUUUGACCUUCCCUUAUUGUUCAGAUAACAAAGAUCGAAUUAUUGAACAAAGUGGUACUGCAGUCUCGCUUUCCUUUUGUCACCGCAGAGCUUCCAUACAUAAACAGAAACCCUACAGUUCUGUCAGAGAAACAUCUGGAGCAGUUGAAUUGUGGGUCGUCUUGGCCAUCAGUCAUGUUGUUCUUGGCUGCUCGUACGCUCCACAGUGGGGUUUCCUGUUGCCAAGGUGGCAGGCGCUUCAUAGCAACAGUCAUCUCUGGCAACAAGACAUCGAGGUUGGUGAGGCAGAAACUGAAGAAGCAGGUGGAGAAGAUGAAGAGUGAGUUCUCAGGGUUCAGACCCAGCCUGGUGGUUUUGCAGGUGGGAGACCGAGACGAUUCCAACCUGUACAUUAGCACCAAACUGAAAGCUGCAGCUGAGAUUGGCAUGGAUGCCAAACAUGUGCGGCUGCCAAAGACAGCAACACAGGAAGAGGUCUUGCAAAGCAUCAUGUCCGUCAACGAGAACCCAUCUGUCCACGGUCUGAUUGUCCAGCUGCCUCUGGAUUCUGUCAACCAGAUUGACUCUGAGCUCAUCACCAACGCCGUCUCUCCGGAUAAGGACGUAGAUGGUUUGAGUUGCAUAAAUGCAGGAAAGUUAUCCCGGGGAGAUAUGAAGGACUGUUUCAUCCCCUGCACCCCAAAUGGCUGCAUGGAGCUCAUCAGACAGACAGGCGUGUCGGUGGCAGGCAAACAUGCGGUUGUUAUAGGCCGCAGCAAAAUUGUUGGAGCUCCAAUGCAUGACCUGCUGCUGUGGAACCACGCUACUGUGACCACCUGUCACUCCAAGACGCCUGACCUACCGGAGCAGGUAAGCCGGGCCGACAUCCUGGUGGUGGGGGCGGGCAGAGCAGAGAUGGUGAGAGGAGACUGGUUGAAGGAGGGGGCGGUGGUCAUCGACUGUGGCAUCAAUCAUGUCCCAGACGAGACCAAAGCCAGCGGCAAGCGGGUGGUUGGAGAUGUCCACUAUGCUUCAGCCAAUCAGAGAGCAGGAUUUAUUACACCGGUUCCAGGGGGGGUGGGGCCAAUGACAGUGGCCAUGCUGAUGGAGAACACGGUGCAGAGCGCUCAGCGUUUCCUCCUCAGAAAGCAGCUGUGCAGGUGAAACAAGAACUCUGGAAGUUCUAGAAGUGAAGAAAAAAAAGCACCGAUAAAGAUAUUUUCUACAUAUGAACCACUUACAAGUUUGUUCCCCACAAGAGUUUAAAAGGAAUAAAUGUGUUUUAUUUUUCCUUCUACACUGAAGAUCAGCAUCAACUGUUAAUAAAAAGGUAAUCAGUGACAGUGAUGCUGAAUAAAACCAGAAAAAAUGCAAAUUUGUUGGGUUUUUUUAGGUAUUUUAAUGGCAGAAAACCAAACAUUGAUUCACAUGUUUGUCAGUUUUUUUGAAAAGGUGAAAAAAGGUUUGUUUUGAAUUUAUCAUUCAAAGCUAAUAACAAUAAUGAAUGUAGAUGGGUGUGUAAUUUGCUGGUUGUUUUAAUGUGAAAGCGUUAAAGUUCCUUUAAUAAGUGACCUUACUAAUGUCUGAAUGGAGGAUUCUUACGGGUUUUUUUUUAAUAACAUCUGCUUUUUUAGUUUUAUGUUCAUUUUUUGACUGUAAAGAAAGAUAAACAAAAUGUUGUUUUUUUGCAUAUGUCAAGAUAAAGAAAAAUAUUAAGUAACAUAAACAAACUUCUGAAGAAAUUAUUAACGUAUCUAAAACAAACAGUUGAAAAAAUACAAAGAAAUGAUGUUAGAAAUGACUGACAGCCGUGUUAUUGGAGCUGCAGUCAGUCUGACUGAUGAUGAGUGGUGGUCAAGAUGAAGGCAGCUCGCCAGUCUGCUGAUGAAGCCUGAAAUCCUUUAGGCAUUUCUUUGUGUGGUUAAUUUCAAUUUCAACCUUCAGGCAAAGUCUUCUGAUGUUAGAUCCAUAAACAUUAUUCUGGCAGAAAGCUGCAUUUUGGAAAUUUCACGCAUUUUUGUAACUGUAGUUAACAUUUCAUCUUAAAACAAAGUAAGAUAUGCCUCCAAUGUUUUACGACAAUGAAGAUCAAAUUUCAUUUAAAUAAUACUCUAUAUUUUAAUAUCAGACAAAAGGAAAAACAGAUGAUGUGACCAUCAAUUACUAAGUAAUAAAUUAAAGAAAGAACAAAGUAUAAGGCACGAUUAAAUUUGCUCAUAGACCAAACAGAAUUUUAUUUCAAAAAUAUUUAUUAAGCAACAUGUUGUUUUAAAAUGCUGAAAUCAUUAAAAAACAAAUUCAUCAUAUAACAUUUUUUACAAUCCAAUUCAGUCAAGAUUAGUUCAGUAAAACUAAAUUAUUGUAAGUCAACCAACAAAUACGAGAAAUGGUUUUUGGUGUAGUUACUCAACUGAGAACUCACUUUCUUUAAUUAGUUAUAUUAAUCAAUAAUUUUUGAUAAGAACAUUUUUUUGAAUAAAGCAAAUAAAAAGAAAAAAAUGAUUUUUCAAUAUUAAUAAAGGUUUGCAGGUUUACAAUCAGUAUCAGUUUUGUGAAAGUGGGAAUUGGUGCUUUUAUUGUUUUCUGAGGUUGUGUUGCUUUUUUCUUUUAAUCUUCUACUUUUUCGGUUAAGUGUUAGUUGCAAUUAUUCAGCUAUUUCUGUUUGUGUUGAUUGCCUCUCAGUUUUUUAAACAUCAUGUGUUAUCACUCUUCUUGUUUUUCUUUGUUUAUCAUAUCAAACCAUUUUUCCCCCUGUAUGAUGAUGUCAUUGUCAACCAAGUUCAGCACCUGAAAAUUGAUAUUUAUGAUCAUGUAAAUUAUUUUUAAAUAAUUUUUUCAAUAAAAAUAAAAUAUUAAUUUCCAUACUAA